AUGGUGGAUGGAUCGAUGGUGCAGCGCCAGGAGCUGCAGACCUGCACCAGCCUGGGCGUCGGGGUGGACCCCUCCCCCGUGUUGGGCGCCCCACUGCCCCCGCCGGACGCCCGGAAGAUCAACGCGGGGGAGCCAAAGGUACAGGGAGGCGCCAGGCCGCGAUCCCGCCAACCGAAGAGGUCGCGGCAGUGGAUGGACCACCUGCCGGCCUCGGCCUGCGGGCGGCCGCCCGGGGGCUGCGGCAACGGGGAGGCCGGGAAGGCGGGCGGGCAGGAGGGGAGGGGGGGAUCCGCCACCGGGUCAAGCCGCGGGGAGAGGGAGCGAGGAGGGAGGCGGAACAACGGGUCCAUCGACCUCGGGAACGGCGUUCGCCUGCCAAUCCCGCCGUUCUAUGACGACCUGGUGAAGUCAGGUGGCCUGCCGUCGCUCAAGGCGAUCGAGAUCGAUGACGACGUCCUGAAGGGGCCGAUCACGACGGUCACUCUUGCUGACCUGAAGGCAGCCACCCUGGAACGUCAGGCGGGGAUGCAUUGGGCAUGCUUCCCUGCUGUGGGCCUGGGCUACAAUCCAGAAACUGUGAAACAGCUGCCCCACUUUCUGCUGGACCAGGCACUGGCUGCAGAAGGAGGUCUGCGGGUGGCACCGCGGGAGGCAGAGAGGGCGGCAAAGACGCCCGCAAGGGCGGACAAGGUGGCCAGGAAGCGGGGCAGGCCAUGCAAGGAUGAGGCCCAGGGGGACGGCAAGAGGCGGGCAGCGGGGGGCAGGAAGGCAGUGGCUGUGCAGAAUGAAGCUGUGCAAGACAGUGAUGUGGAGGCUGUUCAUGAGGCAGCUGCAGUGCUCCAGCAGCUGCACAACGCCACAGUUCCUGCAAAGAAAUCUCAAGCGGUCAAGGAGAAAAAAGUCACUGUGCUGGACUGGUCGGAGUGGUCUGACAUGCGACUUGACAAGAUAACCCCAAAGCAGAGGAGUGUGCUUAAAAAAGCUGCGCAGACCAACCCCGAGCUCCGAGACCGGCUUGAGGAGGUUGAGGUCCGAAAGCAUUGGGCAGGGAUGGUGAAGAGGGACUUGCCCAGGACGUACCGCAAUUGGCAGACUUUCUGCAAGAAACAGAGUCAGGACGCCAAGAAGCUUGCUGAGUUCUGCCGCCGGGAGGUGAGGCAGCGUGUUGCCCGGGUCUCAAGGGAGGCCACCAAGAUGCAGGGUGUCAUGAAGAAGCUGGCAAAGGACAUGUUGGCGUAUUGGAAGAAAGCGGACAAAGAGGCUGCUGACGCCAGAAAACAGGAGGAGAAAGCUGCUGCCGAACAACGCAAGAGGGAUGAGGAAGAGAGGGAGCAGAGGCGGCAACAGCAGCGCCUAAAUUUUCUACUUGGCCAGACAGAGUUGUAUUCACACUUCAUGGGCCACAAACUGGGGUGUGGAGUCGACGCACCGCCGCCACCGCCAUUGCAAGCCCAGGCUGGGGAUGCUGAGGAAGCAGAGAUGCUUGCAAAGGCCCAGGAGUUGGCGCGGGCUGCUGUGGAGUCCGCAGCAGAACGGAUGCACAAGUUUGAUGACGAGUAUCGACAAGCACAGCAGAGGGCGGGCGAUGAAAGCACAGAUCCUCCAAAGGGGGACAGCCUUCUGAACCCUUCCUCAAUGCCCAAGACAUCUGACGUGCAGCAGCCCCAGGGAUUCAGCGGCGAGCUCAAGGGGUAUCAGCUGCGGGGCCUGCAGUGGCUUGUGAAUUUGUAUGACCAGGGGCUCAAUGGCAUUCUGGCAGACGAGAUGGGUCUGGGCAAGACGAUCCAGGCCAUCGCCUUCAUGGCACACCUGGCGGAAGAGAAGAACAUUUGGGGACCAUUCCUUGUGGUCGCUCCGGCAUCAACGCUGCACAACUGGGACAAUGAGCUGGCCCAGUUCUUCCCGGCCUUCAGGGUGCUGCCCUACUGGGGUUCACAGCAGGACAGGAAGACCCUGAGGCAGUCCUUCAACCCUCGCAAGCUGUACAUAAAGAGCGCGCCCUUCCAUGUGGCUGUGACUUCGUACCAGAUCCUGGUGCAGGAUGAAGCGCAUUUGAAGAGGGUGAAGUGGCAGUUCAUGAUGCUGGACGAGGCACAGGCCAUAAAGAGCAGCUCCUCAGUGCGGUGGAGGACACUGCUGUCUUUCAGCUGCCGGAACAGGAUUCUGCUGACAGGGACCCCCAUUCAGAACAAUCUGGCUGAGCUGUGGGCGCUCCUGCACUUCAUAAUGCCCACACUCUUUGACAGCAUGGAGCACUUCAACGAGUGGUUCUCAAAGGGGCUGGAGGGCUAUGCCGAGGGUAGCCAGGAGCUCAACAAGGAGCAGCUGAAACGUCUGCACACAAUCCUGUCCCCAUUCAUGCUGCGUCGUGUGAAGGCGGACGUUGCUGGUGAGAUGAUGGCUAAGGAGGAGCACUUUGUGUUCUGCGAGCUAUCGAGGCGGCAGCGGAUCCUGUACAGGGCGAUUCGGGAGAAUCUCAACCUGGCUGACCUAUUCGACUCAGACGAGAAGAAAGUCGUGAACCUGAUGAACUUGGUGAUUCAGCUCAGGAAGGUGUGCAACCACCCAGAGCUGUUUGAGGAGCAGAGCGAGCGUGUCCCCCUGCACUUUGCCCAGAUCCCUCCGCCCUUGAGUCCCCCAGGCUUUGGCGGCCUGCAGCAGGUGUACUGGUCGGGCCAAAGGUCUGAAGUGGUGUACAAGCUUCCAAAGCUCGUCUUCAGGGAGAACAUGGGUGUGCAAACAGUGUACUCAGGCUUGCCAAAUGGCUUUUGGAACAAGUGGGUCCACAACAGGCUGAAUGUCUUCUGCCCAUGGAACGUGCACAGCUCGUUGCAGGAAUGUGAGGAGGGGCGUGCAAUGAGCGCGUUUCCCUUUUCCCGCCACAUCGGGCUGUCAACUUGCGAGCUGCAUGCUUAUUCGAUGGCCGACCCAUUGCAGAGGUGGAUGUUGGAGGCGAUGAACUGUCGGAAUGGCAGUGCUGCAGCGAGGCAUUGGGAGAGUCACUGGGACAGCCCUAGGCCACCCAGCCUUCCAGCAACAUGCCGCUCGCGCCGGCUACUCAUCAUCGACUUGAAUGCUGACUCCGCAGUGCUCAGGAGCCCACCAGUGGCGGCUGACUCCGUGGGCUGUGGACCACUGGUGCGCUCCUGCGAGCAGCGCUUGUACUCGCUGCUGAAUGUGCUGAGAAAGAUCCGGCCUGGCUUCGUGCCACCUGUGCUGGCACCCCCACCACUUGUGAUCUGUUCAGACAGGGCAUUUGCACACAAGCAGAAUGCGCUGGAGUCAUCGCCCUGGCUCAACAGACUGCUCUUUGGAUCAUCCAACGUUCGCUCUGCCCCAGACUUCGCUGCUGGCGCCCCCUCAGCGUUGAUGGAGAUGAUCAGCAGGUGUCUGCACGAGCCAAUGCACAUGCCCAUGGCGUGGGCCUUGCAUCGGGCUUUUGGCGCUUGUCCCCCCAUGCAGCACUACGCCUUGGCCAAGGCACUAGUGGACUCAGGCAAGCUGUUGAGGCUGGACGUGCUGCUGAGGAAGCUGAAGGCAGAGGGCCACAGGGUUCUCCUGUUCUCUCAGAUGACCAUGAUGAUGAACAUCUUGUGCGACUACCUCAAUUUCAGACGGUACCGCCACCUGCGUCUUGAUGGGCAGUCCUCCAUAUCCGACCGUCGCGACAUGGUGCAGGCCUUCCAAUCCAAUCCCGACAUAUUUGUCUUCCUGCUAUCCACGCGGGCUGGCGGCCUGGGGAUCAACCUCACAGGUGCUGACACUGUUAUCUUCUUCGAGUCGGACUGGAACCCCACGAUGGACCUGCAGGCUAUGGACAGGGCACAUCGCCUGGGGCAAACGCGCAACGUGACAGUGUAUCGCCUAAUAUGCAGGGGCACGAUCGAGGAGAAGAUCCUGCAGCGCGCACGAGAGAAGAAGACCGUCCAGCAGCUCGUGAUGACCGGGCAGUCCAACCGGGGCGACCUGUUUGCCCCAGAGGAGGUCAUGUCAUUGCUGCUGGAAGAGGGGGACGAGCCAAAGGCCCUGCGUGGUCACAAUGGCGAGCAGGUGGCAACCAUCAGAAUGGAGGCCGAUGCCAUGACCGUGGGGGUGGAGGGGGAUGGG